AUGCUAAAACUAAAAAAAAUCUAUUUAAUGUUGGUUGAGGAUGAUGCAGCGGUAAUACCCGAUUUUAUUCCUCUUGUAACCUCGGUAAUUAAGCAAAUGAAUCGCAAAACGAAUAUUGACUAUGUAAAGCUUUUCCACCCAGUACAUCUCAGAGGCAUACCGUACUACUUUCAGCUCUUCUUGUUCGAGCGCUUCACUUUCCAAUGUUUCCGGUCAAUCUUGAAUCUAAAAUACCAAUUUGCAGUGUACUUUAAAUUAUUUUUUGCUGACAUCCGUUAUUCAAUAACGAAUUCAGCUUACCUAGUGGCCCCUGAGUCAUGCUGCACAGUAGCUGUAUUGUACCGGACCUUCAGCUUGCCAAAAAUGUUGCACUAUUUCAAAAAUUUAAAGACAAACGGUCUGCCAAAAGACGACUUGCUAGAUGCUUCACCAUUUGAAGGCCGAAUGACUGACACAAACUUAAUGGUUCAUAUUGGCUACUACAGCGCAAUCAGAAACAAAAUUGUAGUGCUUGAUACUCUGAAACGACAUAUUUCUGCCACAAAUUUUAAUAGUGCAGAAGUUUUGCAACAAGCAAUUUAA